GCGAUUCGACGGCAGCUCGAGACUUGCAUCCUCGAGAACGACAUGAUGCGCGAGACAAUCGCCACUUUGCGAGCGUUGCUCAGCGCUGAGCACUCUGCUGCAGUCCCGGGUGCUGCAAAUCAAGGACGUCCAACACCAGAUCCUACGAUUGCCCUGACAUCCUCGCAACAUCACGACGAUGACGCUCGGACAAAUGCGCGCGCCAAAGUGCCCUCGAUUUCGUCGCCAACGGCGCACACUCCAUAGCCGCCUCCGCCUCCGCUCACACUACACCACCUCAUACUCCUCAUCCUCCUCAUCAUCCUCCUCGUCCUCUUCCUCGACCUCCGCCAGCUCGUCGCACGGCCCUGCGAAAGGCAUGUUUGCUGGAAUGUCAGCUGCAUUGACGUCGGCCAAGAAUCGGAUUGUUGCAACGGCACAAAACUCGUCCUCGGCGUCCUUCGCGACGCCGCUUGCUUCCGGGGGCUCGCCUUCGCCAGCGCACGGCACUCGCCAUUCGUCGGCAACUAGCGGGCACGUCGGACAAGAGCCCACCUUGGCUCCGACACCACAACCAGUACUCACACAUUCUCGCGCCCGUUCUCCAGUUGCCCCAGUUGACACGCACACAUCGCCGACCGUCUUUUCUCCUGUAGAGUCGCAGGAUGGCGAAGAACCCGGGAUCCACGGCGCACAUUCCCGCCAAGCUUCGUCCUUGAGUGAUAGCGGCUCCCUCCAUGCUCCAGACCGGGAUCGAAAGGCAUCCGUCACCUCCAGUUCCUCUGCCUCGCACCUGAUUUCCCACAUGCACGCAGAGCGCAAGGAAAAGACCAUGGUUGACGUCGAGCACGAGCGCGUGCCAGCAAUCGAAAGCGUGUUGGAGACCGAUCCUGAUGCGCGAUUCAUGAAGCGAUUUGUGCGUCAAAUCUUUGCUAGUUCUCUCCCAGCUUCCACGAGCUCCUUCUCGACCAGUCUAACCGACUUGUCGCGAUCGGUCAAGGUCGAUCAAGGCGAGCGCCGCGACGGCGACGCAGGCGCUACAACAAGCAGCGAUGACCUGGCUGAUUCGGGUGAUGAAAGCAUCACCGAGGAUGACAAGGCCCGAUUCGCCGAACUCUGCCAGCAGGAAAAGGGCCGAGCUUGGUAUUCGCGGCUUCUUGACAAGCAACGCGCGAGUACCUUGCGCGUUGAAGAAAUGACGUUUUUCCGCCUAAUCCAGUUCACCGCGGUGGCACUGCACGAGUGCACGCUCGCAGACGAUUUUAUGCCGGCCAAGAUUCUGAUGAACAUGUGCUUCACAUUCUAUCACCUCAACGAUCAGGGGGACAAGGAAUACCUGCAGUCGGCCCUGUCGUCUCAGCCAAUCUGGCAAUCCCUCCGCUUUUGGACGGCUGCGUACUUUAGUGCCAUUGCGUCCGAACAAGCCAAGCGGACGGACGAAUGGGCUACUCUCAGUGAGGAGCAACGCCAAGACGCAGUGGUGUGCGACCAAAACGCAGCUUUUGGCCAGCUCGCAACCUUCACAAACAACAUGCUCGCACUAGGUGUCGGGCGGCACAUUUGCGAGACGUUCCUGGACAAGAUGGCGACGGUCGGCAACAUCACUCCUGAGCAGCACGCCCUAUUAGUCUCCAACAUUGACACGCUCGCCCCGCGACGCCUCGUCAAGGUCUUGUUGGAAAAGCAGCCGGCUGGCGGCUUUGGCUUCUCAAUUGAGCCCAUUGACGAGGACAUGGUGGUGACUUCUGUGCGCAAGAAUAGCGCUGCCGAUGCCAGCGGCAAACUUGCGAUCGGAGACUGUGUUGUAUCGAUCAACUCGCACAAGGUUCGCAAAAUGUCGCUCAAGGAAGUCACGCACGUUAUGAAAGAGGUUGCCGUGCAACCCAAGCUGGAGCUGCUCGUUCAAAAGCGCUAGAUUCAGCACAGCCAGCACUCUACCGACGACCUUCUUCGAGCUCGUCUUUCAAAGCACCUGCUUGGUGCUUGGUACGAAACAAGCGUCGCUAUCUAUUGAUUCGUUGUGGUUGUUCCAGUUUCCCUAAUAAAAAUCACGAUAGCAUUGUC